AUGGAUGAUUUGACUCAAUACAAUUGGACUCUAACGUAUGUGAUUGUGUUGGCAGUGGCCGCGGCCACAACGGGUAUGACGCUGCUGCUUUCGUUCAAACACAUUAAAGUACGUGACUCGGCCGUACAAUAUAUUACGUAUUCGGUGUGCCGCUUGUACUUGAUCUACUCGCUCGUACAACUUCUACCUUACGUGGGGGUGCUAGCCAAUUUCAACGGACUACGAGACAAGUUGAAUGCAAAUGGCGAGGGAAAAAUCAUGGGAUCAUGGGCGGUCUACUCUGGUGACAAGGAGGUCAAGGCCAUAGGUUUUAGUAUCACUCUGAUCGGAGAUUGCGCUUUGCUGUGCACAACUUUUUUCAUCAUGACUCUAGCUUACGAAUUAAAGCGCCUAAUCAUCAAGUCUAUGGACCGUGGACCGAAGCGUGAGCGCGCUAUUAUUCGUAUGUACUGUAUUCGCGCAUACAUGACGGUUGGAGUAUUUGCUAUCUUUGUGUUGGUUUCAGCUUUCUUGCCACCGACCAAGUCAGAGGUUGUGCAGGUGGGCGUGUUUUGGUUCGAGCUGGCGUGCAUUUGGACUUCGGUGCUGUACCCGGUGUAUGUGACAAUAUGGAUAUCAUGUCGAAAGCGCACAAGAAAUUCCGUUGGACCGGCUUCACUGCUAUUGCACCAGCGCAUCAAGACUUUGGUAUGUGUGUACUGCGCCUUCGUGUUUCCGUCCUGCAUUGUGGAAGCAUCGAUCCAGUUUGUAGUCGAACUACAGAUGGAGUGGGUGGGUUUGACUCGGACCCUCUUUUACCUCUCUGGUGCAGGCACGGCGUUUGCAAUUGGCACUAGCGCCACGUGCUGCUAUCGCGCACUACUUCCUCUCAUGCCAUCUUAUAUACACGAGCAUCUCGUUGAAGGUGGAUUUUUCGAAGAUGAACUAGGGCUACACACCCUGGACGUGAUCGUGGAAGCGCCUACCCGACGACCGAUCUUCGUGGUCACGGAUAUUGAAGGUUCUAGUCGACUUUGGGCUGCGACUUCACAGUCGAUGGAUGAGGCACAAUCCAUUCACGACGACUUGCUACGACAACAAUUACCUCGCUUCCGAGGCUACGAAAUUACAAGCGCAGGUGAUUCUUUUCAACUAGCGUUCUAUUGUGUCCGUGAUGCCAUUGGGUGGUGUGUUAGCGUUCAAGAGAAGUUACUGAAAGCUCCAUGGCCAUCCCCGCUGCUCAAAUACGACAAUGCAGCGCGUGUGUACGACAUCUGGACACGAUUGUUGUUCAACGGACUUCGGGUCCGUAUGGCCAUUCACGAUGGCGAUGAGCAUUUGGUGUGCUCGAGACACCCGACGACAGGCAAGAUGACGUAUCUAGGUCUCAGUGAAAUGAUGACACGCGAGAUGAGUGAAAUGGGACAAGGUGGCCAGAUUGUCAUUAGUGAAUCAGCUCUUGCAGUGUACAAGGAUGAACUAUUGGACAUACCGUCCAAAGUUGGUCGAAUUUGUGAAGACAAGUUCAAAUUGAAACCGUUUCGAAAGUUUGAGCAGCCGGAAUGGAAGAUUACGCUUCAAAUGCAUGAGGUGGUAUCAACUCGAAUUGGAGAUCGUUUUAACUCUCGAAUCAACCGGUUUAGCCGAUUCGUGUCGUACUUUUGGCGUGACGACGAAUCGUCCAUACGCCGUGCAGACAAGACAUCAAGUCCAAAAUCAUAUGUUAAAGCUUUGAAUGUAAAUGAUUAUCGUGUAUAA